UCUCAUGUUUCAAACUUAAAACCUUAGACUUUUUCUCCUUUUUAAUGUUAUUGAACAUCAAAACGUAGUAGUAAUGCAUGGGGUAACUCGCAAGAUUCCUAAACUAUUUUAGUCUUUAAAGGUUGUAACGAUGAAUGGAUUUAUAGCCGUGCACUGCGGGGCUGGAUUUCACAGUGAUUCUUUAAGAAAAGAUUAUCAAAGGACUUGCUAUGCUGCAUGCAGGAGAGCUGCUGAAGCGCUGUCAAGAGGUGGAAAUGCCGUUGACGCUGUAGAAAAUGCUAUAAUCGAAUUAGAGAAUAGUCCUUUAACUAAUGCAGGCUAUGGAUCAAAUCUUAGUUGGGAUGGAUUAGUAGAAUGUGAUGCAUCAAUUAUGAAUGGGCAAACUUUACAUUUUGGUGCAUGUGGUGCUGUAUCCAAUGUUUGGAAUCCAAUUACUCUAGCCAAACAACUUUGUAUGAAGCAAUGUGAGAGCCUAUCAUUAGGACGAGUGCCACCUUGCAUACUUACAGGCAAAGGAGCCAAAACAUGGGCAGAAAGAAUGGGCUUGCAAAUAGUGGAUGACCAAAAAAUGGUAUCAAGUAGAGCUUUCCGUAAUUAUAAACAUUGUAAACGGAAGUUAAAAAGAUAUUCUGUUCAAAAUGACUUGAAGUUUAGUCCUUUGGAUACUGUAGGAGCUAUUUGUGUUGAUUCAAAUGGUAUUGUGGCAUCUGGGGCAAGCUCAGGUGGAGUGUCUCUAAAACACGAAGGAAGAGUGGGUCAAGCAGCAUCUUUUGGAAGUGGAGUGUGGGCUGUGACAAGUAGAGAUGGCAUCAAGCCCUCUAUUGCAGCUUGUACCUCUGGAUGUGGUGAACACCUCAUAAGAACUCAAUUGGCCAAAAAUUCAGCUGAAAGUUUACAAGAACAAUCUCCAACAUUGGGGCUUGAUAAAUGCCUCAAGGAAAAGUUCUUAGAGUCCCCCUUCUUAUGGGAUAUCCCAGAGAGGCUUGGAGGCUCUUUAGCACUCACUUUCAAUCCACAAAUUGGGGAAGGAGAACUUCUUUGGGGUCACACUACUAAAACAAUGUGCAUUGGGUACAUGUCUACAGAAAUAGCUAAACCAAAGUGUGUAAUUUCUUACCUUCCACCAAAGGCAGAAGCUGGACGAAAAGCAGUUGUGUCUGGUGUACCAUUCAAAGUAUCCAUGCAACCAAUACCAGUGUUACAAUGGGAAGUCACAAAUGAACUUAAUUUAAAUGGAUCUCUUUGACAUAAAAAAGUAUAUAUUUUUUUAUAAUCAAUGUUUAAUUAGGUAAUAGACAACUUUUUUUAAUAGCAUGAUAAUACAGUGCAUUAUGAUUUUUGUAAUGACACAUUUUUGUUAUGAAUAGUUACCAAAGCCAAGGGAGAUAUACAGCAACCCCUCUUUAGAAUAGGGACAGCAGUAGCUGGUCAGCUACAAACUAGAGAGGGAAUAAAUAUGAAUCAUGGUAUUUAAAAUUGACCACAACAAAAAAAAAGCUGACAAAAGCCUUUGAAUUAAUAUAACUGCCAAGUGCCAUCAAUUUACAAUAGCAAUACACCUAAAUUGUUUUGUUGAAAUGUUUUUUCCCUGCUCUUGUCAUCCAUUGUCGGACUAAAAGAAAACUGAUAAUAAUAUGUGUAAUAAUGUUUUGUACAAAUUGUCUCUCAUACCAAUAAAUUAGAAUAAAAUUGUAUUUGCUUUAAUUUGUAAUAGAAAAUUGUUCAUCACUGCCAGAACUAAAUAAUAUCAUGUUAUUAUAUUUACCUUAUUUAAUGUAUGUUACCUACUUGUAAAAAUAGAUCAAUAAUUUAAUAAUUCUACCAUUGCCUGAUUAACCUUAUAUAGUAUUUAGUACCAAUAAUCAUUUUUUAUCAAUGUGUUGUGGAUAGUAUUUUUAUAGAAAGUCAUUGGUAUUUUGUAAUAAACCCACAAUGGAUAGAAAUUUUAUCUUGACAACUUUUAUUUUUAGUUGUCAGGCGGCUGUGGUAUGUUUAGAAGAUGUUGUUAUGUAAAUUAAUUAUGAAAUUUAUUAUCUAAAUUAAUUGACAUAAUAUAUUAUGUAACUAAAAGCUAAACAGUAUGCUUUACUACUAGGACCUACAGAAUAAUGUUGGAACUGCUCUCAAUUUCAUUUAAAAAAAAUGAAUUGCCUCUCACGCCUUAUCGCGUGAUCACCUAAUAAUUAUGUAAACAAGUGGACAUCUGGCAGAUCCUUAUUUGUGCAUGAUUCUUAAGAGUAAUCUUUUACCGCGAUGCUUGAACUUUGUAAACCACUAACUAGUCAUAAUUAUCAUCAACCCGUUCCCGGCCCAACUACAGGGCACAAGUCUCCUCUCAGAAUGAGAAAGGUUUAGGCUCUCAGGCAUGCAGGUUUCCUCACGAUGUUUUCCUUUGCCAUUAAAGCAAGUGAUAUUUAAAUUUCCUAAAUUAAAAACGCACAUAACCAGUCAGCGGAUCGAACUCGGUCUCCACAAAAGAAAACCCAGCCUUACCCAUUUGGCUAUCACCGUUUAUAGUUUUAAAAAACAGCCUUAUUGUAGUAGUUCUCCAUAAACCUAACAGACAGUAUCGAGGCAGUCCCAACUUUACCCUGAAGAUUCGAUUGUCUGACAUUAUUAAGAAUAUGGUGAUUAUAAUAUAGGUCUCAUGAAUAUUGAUUUACUGCUAUCAAUGAGUCACUCGCCUGCACACGUUAAUAUCCAUGUAUUACGGUGCAUUCAAAUUAGCCGUCAUUUGCAAACUGUUAAUUAAACAUUGCCAUGUCGGAAUGUUUAGGCAGUGUUUUUUUUCCCACUUCAGCUGGCAGUCAGAGAGUAAAAAACACUACUUAGCAAUUCCGACGUUGUGCCACGUUUAUUAAUACGGCUUUAGUAGUCGUUAGUCGAAUACAGACUCCCAUAAUUGCGUGUAUACAAAUCGAAUGCCACAGGUAUGUACCAAAUAAUUCUUAUUUACUUUCGUGCGAUGGCAAAUGACUUCGUUUGAAUUCACGCCAAACCUGCAGGAUGAUUCAUUAUGUAAGUGGACACCAAAUUUUGCUAGCCACUGUCGAAAGUUGUUUGGGAUCUCUUCUUAGGGAAGAUAGCGAUACCAGUAUAUUUAACUUGUAAUGUUCCUAACUAGAGAAACCAUGUAAAAAUAUAUUAUUAGGUUUGCAAAUAAAAUAGACAAUUAUAUUA